CACUCUUCGAUCCAUAAUCCACUAUUGUGCAGUUUGGAUUAUGGUGAUGUAUAGUCGCUGCCAAGAGGAAAUGUCAUCAUCACCAGAGCAAACUGCCGUGGCAUUUCUCCGUCGCGAAGACACUUGGGCCGCACCCCCGGCAAAAGAGCCUCUCUUCGCCGAUCUCCGAGACCAAGACAGGAUCUCUCCAGCAUGAACCUGCGAGGGUGUCUGUAAUAAACUAUUUUUGAACAUAUUCCAACGCUGGUUACUUUUCAAUGCCUUCACUUCCAUGAUUUGGGCUCCUGCGAGGCGAGUCACUGUCCGGACGUGGACCUUGACGAACUACACUUUCGUUGCAUUACCAAAGCGUCAUCAGAAUACGAACUCGGCGGCGUCCGCCAAUUCCCGGACUGUCAAGCGGCCUGAAUUCCACGACUACUUUGUUACCCACCUGCCAUCCUCGUCCCUACAUCCAGAUCCCAGAGGACUAUCUAGUUCCUAUCAUAAAUUUCCUCGCUCCGCUUCUGUACCUCAUACCGGGGCGAUAUCACAUCCACCGACCUCCUUCCAGGCGCUAGUUGACCGCGAGACCACCGUCGUCCGAAUACCGCUGCGCAGUGCGAAACACCACUUCGGUGCUGCCACAUCCCGUGGGACUCGUGUCUCGAAUGAGGAUACACACCAGGCUGGCGUCCUUGAUAUUCCUGCCUUCGCGAAGCGACCCCCUGCGUCCGUGACUAUCAAGCGCACCGCUGCGCCUCUGGAGAACCGGGGUGCAGAUAGCGCCAGCGGCGACCCGCAAGUCUUCUACUUUGGCGUGUUUGAUGGGCAUGGAGGGAGCGAAUGCAGCACAUUCUUGAAAGACACGUUACAUGAAUAUAUACAGGACACGGCAGCCGAAUCGGAGUUCCAGUCGAGCCUGAGCAAGGACCGAGAGGCCCACUUUUUCAAGAAUGAGUCGGAGAUCUCUCGGGGCGAUCUGCCCAUCAUACAACGGGGCAAUCAUAAGAGAAUGGCGGAAAUGGAGAAAACCCUAGUUCAGAAUUGGAGAAGGCUCGUCGGAGGUUACUUCAAGCGAUUUGUGCCGGCCCACUUCUCCUAUCGUGGGAACGCUGCUCAAGGAAACGGGAGCGCGACAUGCAAUGGGGACGAUCAUGCAGGGGGCGUCACGAUUGAAGAGAUUCUAGAGUACGCGUUUCUGCGGGCGGACCUUGACUUCGUUUCAGCGCAAGCCGCCAAGGAAGACGAUGAACUGGCCACGGCUCAUAAGCCGCAGUACCAGGAUGACAUUCUGUACGGGCCAAAGCACACCCAGCAGAUGAAGCUUGGCGGUUACCGACGAUUCAAGGGAGGCAGCACAGCCAGUGUUGCCCUCAUCUCGACUCCGACUCCCACUCCGUUCUGGCACCCAUCCGCGCCGUCGAGUCUCCUGAUCUCGCAUGUGGGUGACACGAGGAUUGUGCUAUGUUCUACUGCAACGGGAGAGGCGAUCCCACUGACGUCCAACCAUCAUCCUUCCUCCCCAAUCGAAGCCAAUCGCUUGAGGCGAUAUGCCGCCACAUUUGUAACCGAUUCCUUUGGUGAGGAGCGCAUGAGUGGUUUAGCGAAUACGCGUGCCUUUGGCGACGUCCAAUCGAAACGCAUCGGCGUAUCUGCAGAACCAGAAAUCCGGCGCAUCGAGAUGGGUCCAGCAGAGUACUCAUUCUUAGUCCUCAUGACUGAUGGGAUUAGCGGAACGCUCACCGAUCAAGAAGUUGUCGACAUCAUCAAGGAGGCAAAGACGCCGGACGAAGGGGCUCGAAACGUGGUCAACUUCGCAACGGAAGUGACAAAAGAAGGGGAUAAUGCAACAUGCCUCGUUGUUCGUUUGGGCGGCUGGGAGCGUCGACUGGAAGGAGGACUUGGAAGUCUGGGGACCAAAGAAUCCCGAGAAUGGCGCCGACAAGAAGCAACUGAUCCGCGCAGUUCACGGCGAUGAGCACGAGCCAUUAAUACCCAUAAUUGUACAUAUUCUUUUUGUUGUAAUUCUUCACAGACACUGCUGGUGGCUAGGACCCUUUGAAUCCUGCUGUACAUACAUUCUCUUGGAUUUAGGGCCGAAGGGGGUUUUCUUUUGUUACGUUAAACUGAUAUUGUGUACUUGAGAUACUCGGAUAUACCAAUACUCGGAUAUACCAAAUGAAAAUA